AUGUUUCUCAGAACUACACUGCUGGGCAUUGCUCUCUACAGCAUCCUCUGGACAGAAGCAGCUCUGGCUGGCUCUAGUUUCCUAAGCCCUGAAUAUAAAAGACAACAGCAACAAAGGGAGCCAAAGAAAGCCCCAGCACAGCUCCAUCGCCGUGGCACAGAAGGGUUUGGGGAUGUGGGUGAAGCUGAUGAUGGCAGCAACAGGAUUGAAAUUAAGUUCAGUGUUCCCUUUGAAGUCGGAGUGAAGAUGACAGAGGAGGAGUAUCGAGAGUAUGGCCAGGCACUGGAGAAGAUGCUGGGGGACAUGGCUGAGGAGAAUGCUAAAGAAACUUGGAUGAGAGACUGA